AUGUUCAGCACCGCACCGACGUCAAAGGCCAACGCUCCUGCACCUGUGCUGCCCUGGGUGGAGAAGUAUCGGCCGAAGCACGUGGACGAGAUCUCGCAUCAACAGCACGUCGUCGCUACGCUCAAGACGUCCAUCGCGAACGGGCAACUGCCUCACUUGCUCUUCUAUGGACCCCCAGGCACAGGCAAGACGUCUACGAUUGUAGCCGUGGGGCGCCAGCUCUUUGGCUCGGAUUUUCGCAAGAACGGUCGGUUCUUGGAGCUGAACGCGUCGGACGACCGCGGCAUCAAAGUGGUGCGGGAGAAGGUCAAGAGCUUUGCACAAGGAGCUAUCAGCACUGGUAGCGGCCUGCCCCCCUUCAAGAUCAUCGUGCUGGACGAGGCCGACUCGAUGACCGGCGACGCCCAGUCGGCAUUGCGUCGCAUGAUGGAGAAUUACUCCAAAGUCACGCGGUUCUGUCUCAUCUGCAACUACGUCAGUCGCAUCAUCGAGCCCGUCGCCUCGCGAUGUGCCAAGUUCCGCUUUGCGCCACUGGAAAAAGUCUCGAUGGCGACUCGCGUGCGCUUUAUCGCUGCAGAAGAACAUGUGACUGUGUCGGAUUCGGUGCUGGAGUUGCUGCUUGAGUGCUCGAACGGCGACUUGCGAAAGGCGAUCAACUACCUCCAGAGCGCCAAACAGCUCUGCGGAGAGGAUGAACUGACGGAAGGCGAUGUUGUGGCGGUAGCUGGGCUUGCUCCGCCUGAAGUGCUGCAGCAGUUUUGGACUUCUGUGGCUUCGAAUAGCUUUGAGAAGAUGAAGACCGACAUUGCCAACAUUUUGCUGGCAGGAUACCCGGUGCUGACAAUUUUGCGGCAGCUGAACGAUGACGUGCUCGCGCUAGAGAAGAUCAGUGAUGCACAAAAGGCGACGAUCUGUCUGCGCAUUGCAGAAGCCGACAAAAAGCUUGUCGACGGUGCUAGUGAGCAUUUCCAGCUGCUUGACGUCGCAUCCCACGCCAUGCGCGUCUACAAUACGGUGUGA